AGUGUAUGUCUAUUUGUAUUAUAUCAAAUAUUUAUUUAUCAACAAAAAAAGGAAGAACUUAUCUUACUUUUAUAGGACCUUGGUAAAAAACGUUCUCUUGUAAUAAACAAAAUAUUAAAGGAUUUAAUUUAUGAUCAAACAAUAUCUGACACGCAACGAGAAGUAUUACGAUCUUAUAUUUACUCGUCAUCGGAUUCCAACUGCAGUAAAGAAGAUAAGAAAAUGAUCACUAAGCAAGUUGACCAAGUUAUUCAAGGAAGAUAUAGACAAGUUGUUCAGCUGGUAGCACAAUAUCAACCUGAUAUUCAACAACAAGGAAUGCUUAUUGAACGAUCAAAUGCUCAAUUGGUUGUGUCUUCUGUUGAUCAACUUUAUACAAAGCUACAAGAUGCCUCCAUCGAUUUGAUUCACAAAAAAAUUUCAUUAUCCAAUGAGAUCACCCGAUAUGUCAAAGUCAUUCUCGAACUACUGGACGUUCUUUGGAUGAUUAUUCAAGAAUUCAAGUAUACUUUUGAAAAAGAAAAGAAUCUGACAUUGGACGCUUAUCUUGGUAUUAUGGCCGAUGCUGUCCUUCUUCGUAGAAAAAAACUUCAUCUAUCUAUCCUGACAGCAACUUAUGAUGAUCAACUUGUAGCUUCACUUCACUCCUUAAGAACCAUGCUAGAUGAACGAACAAAUGAAGCCAAUAAGGAUUUAUCGAAAGCAAACGAUCAAUUACAGAAAUAUCACCACUUGGGACCCAUGUUUGAAAAAUUGCGGAAAACGUAUUGUGAUGUAUUGAAGCAUAUUAGAUCUACUGAAGAUGAUAUACUACGAAUGAAAACUAGAUAGUAUCUGUCACCUUUAUUCCAUAUACCCAUCAUCAUUCUUACUAUUAUUCCUAUUAUUAUAAUUAUUAUCCACCACUCCAUCAUCCAGCAUUUAUAAUCAUCUAUCAUCAUUAUCUAUUAUUGGUCAAUAAAGAAAAUAUCAUGAUCAUAUGAAAAAAAUAUGAAAAACUAAGGAUGAUAUAUCAACCUUCUAC